AUGCCAGCCAAGUCCCUCUUGGAACUUGCCACUGCGGCAUGCAUCAAAAACAUCCGCGAACUCGACAGCGUUGGCGACUAUCUUCCUUAUAAAGCCGUCCGCCUCCUUCUCCUCAAGAUCGACAACGCUAAACAACUACGAACCAUCGAACUGAACUCGCCCCAAAUCCAGGGAGAGACAGGCGAGGUAUGGCUGAAGCUUAUCAAGCAUGAGUUUCCCAUGGAAGUCAAGCAAAAGGCAUAUAAACCACCAAACCCUACUAAAUGGUAUCGUGUCUAUGAGAAAUACAAGUCAGAUCACCAGAAAGCCCUCUUGGAAAGUGAGGCGAAGCUCAAGGAUGCUCUCAUGGGACUCAGGGAGGACAAGGAGAAGAACACCAGCAAGAUUGUCGAUGACAGAAGACUUUUGCCCCGAGGCGGCAGAAUCGGUCCAAAGAAGGCUUGGGGAUUCGGCGCGCGAGACCCCAAUGGCAGUACGCUCGCUUUCAACAGGGGAAGCCGUACCAAGACUCACAAUGGUGCAAGCGUCAUGCGCAAAGUACGACGAGAGACGAAGGAGAUUGCCAGUAUCCACGGCGCAUUGUCAAGACCAACACAAGCAUCAAAUGCUAUCACAAAACUCCGCAAGGCACCUGCAGCUAUGGUGAACGACUAUCAGAGAGCCGCCAGGCCAACACUACGACCUCCGCCCCCUCCUCCACCAAAGCCAACAAUCCCUGACGUAGUUGAAACCCACGAGGCACGGGCGCAAUACAUCUCGGACUCUGAUUCUGACGAUGGGGAUGAUCUGUUUGACGAUGAAAAGCCGUCACCCCGUCGGAAGGUUGCGUCUCCCCUGAAGAAGCCUGCUGCCGGUCCCAGCGAGUCUACAAGCAAGGUGAAACGCACUGGUCUUCUAUCCAACAGCUACAAAGGUCCUAAGCCUCAAACUGCAACAUCUUCACGGCCCAGACUCGCUCCCCAAGUUAGACGGUCGCCAUCACCUGUCCCUCCACAGAAACAAAUAUCUCUUUCCCCUGAGCCAGCCGAACAGUCUUCACCUACGCGGGCCACAAAUGCACGACCUCCUUUGGGCAUCGGACCACGUAAGCGCAAGGCUACGGAUGUCUUCAUGAAGCCUAAGAAAAGAGCUUGA